UUGUGUUAGUGGUGUUGCUCAAUUUUUAAGCCGCUAUGUUUAACUUAAGUCUAGGGCAGUUAGUCCUUGUCAGUUUGCUGUGUCUGUGUGAAAUUUAUGGUGAAUCUGAAUUUGAGUUUAGAAAUGAUAUGCCCGAGUCUUAUCAUCAUCAUCAUCGGAGUAAUAUAAAUAACAACAACAACAACAACAAUGUAAUUAAUUUGUAUUCUGUACGAUGGCUGCAUUUGCCCAGCACUGUGAGAAAUCUUUCCAUGGCCAUGAGAAGGACAACAUCGCAGAGUAAACCGACUAUACAAAAAUCCAUAGAAUUUAUAUUUUACAAAAACGGAGACAUACUGUUUCGUACAACACCCGGUGAUGUAGAUUUGCAGAAAAGUUUAUCAUUUCUUUCAAAUCAAUGCGGUGGUAAUGAAAAAACGGCAUACGUAUUUCAUGGCUGGACGGAAAGCUGCACAACGGAAUGGGUUACUCAACUUAUAGAGCGUCUAACCUUUUACCGCGGCGGUUGUAUUAUUUGUGUGGAUUACAAGGAAUGGGCCGAUAAACCCUAUUUGGAUUUGGUACAACGAUUCGAUGUCAUCAGUGAGAUACUCUAUGAGGAGAUCUUAACUCAAAUACGGAAUGGUUUAAAUCCCCAAAAUAACUAUAUGUUUGGCUUCAGUUAUGGCGGACAGUUGGCUUCGAAAAUCGGAAGAGUCUUAAAUUUUUAUCAUGGCUAUAAAAUUAGGCAAAUGGAUUUGUGUGACAUAGCUGGUCCCGGCUUUGAUUUCCUAUCCUAUUCUCGUCACCAUGAGGCUGCUGAUAAUGUAUCCUGUUACUAUUCCAGCCUGGAUAAGAGUACACAAUUUCGUAAUUGUGAUCAAAAUAUUUUACUUGGUCACUGUGGCUAUACCCAGCCGGCUGUAUUGAGUCAACCCUAUUGGAGUAGUCAUGGGCUAAGUGUACGCAUGUAUAUAAACGCUUUCGAUUUCCCCUUUUAUGCUUCAAAGGUUGUGCCACCAUGGUGUAUAUCGGGAAAUCCCAUAAAAAAUAUACCAGAAGGUUUCAAAGUCGGAUACAAUGGUGACCUGGCGAAUGGUAUUGCUGGCGAUAUAUUCGUGCCCACCAGCCUUAAUUAUCCUUAUAAUUUGUCCAAAAGGGAAUUAAAGGUUUAUGAGAAAUAUUUGAAUAGCUCAUAGAGCAUUGGAGAACAUUUGCUGU